GGUGGUGGUGGUGGGGCUUUGUGUGGAAGUGGGGGAGGGAUUUCUCUCCACUUUGGAGGGUCAGGACUUGUGCGUAUUUGCGCUCUAUGCGGAGCGACCGCGGAAACAACAGCUCGGAGUUGCCUUCACCGGUUCGCUGAGAAGCGCCAGGAACCUCUCCAGCGCACCCGACAUGGCACUCUCGCUGGAGAACUUCAUCGACUCUGUGGAUCCCACCAGCCUCCCGAGAAUACUGCAGAUACAAUCGGGCAUUUACUUCCAAGGCUCUGUAUAUGAAAUGCAUGGGACAGAAUGCUGCCUGGCUACAGGAGAAAUCAUUAAAGUCAUUGGAUUCAAGAUAGCAAAGAUUAUAGCAGAGAUUUCUAACAGUGACAAGGACAACACAUUUACAAGAUCUAUGGAGCUCCCAUUGGAAUAUCCAGGUCUCUUCAAGGUUCUUGCUGAUCCGUGCCCCUAUUCCAGUGUUAAGAAUAUCACAGAAUCGCUACAAAUUGGGCACAACCGUUUGGGUCAUCCUCGAUUCCGAAGCAACAUAGAUAUUCAGGUGGAUGGUGUCUUCAUUAAAGAAGGCGAGCAUAUAGUGCUGAACUCACUGAACGAAGUAGCAGGAGAACAGUAUGUGAACUGUGAAGUUGUCAGAGAAGGUAAAAGCAAAAUAUUAAAGAUUCCCUUAUUACACAAAGGAAUCUUCUACGAGUGUGAAGAUGACCAGUUUUAUACAUUGAAAGAGAUCGUGGAAUGGAAAAUCCCUAAAAACAGAAAGCGGGUUGUGAAGCUUGUGAAAACAUUAACAGGCUGUGAACCAAAUCGUUAUCCUGUCAUCGAUGACCUUAAUGGUGAUUUGAGUCUGAUGCCUAUCUAUGAAAUACAUGCGGUGAUGAAAUUUCGAAAGGAUAUUGUACACAUACCAUCGAAUCUCGACGUGGAAGUUGUGGAUGUAACAGAAUUUUAUGACAUUAACUCCUUUGUACAGCCUGUGUCAGUCAGUGAUAUCUUCAAAAGACCCAGUGAAGAUUUCCCCCUGCUGGCUGAAAUUAUAGAGGGUUCUGACCAAAACACUUAUAGCUCCCUGAAGGCUGGAAGAUUAAUAAUCAUUCACAAGAAGCACUUUUGCAACCCAGUGAUUGUUUCUGAGAACAGAAGUGAUUUAAAUAAAAGGCAUUUUUUGAUUCCCAAAAGCUACAAGGGACGGUUUAAAAGACGACCAAGAGAGUUCCCCACUGUAUAUGACAUGGAGUUGGCCAGUAAAAAUAAAGACCACCUGCAUGUCAUCGCAACAAAAGAGUUUCUGUCUGAUCCAGCAGAGUUUUCUUCAGUGCUUGUAGGGGACCAGUUUCUUGUUAAGCAAUGCCAAAGUAUCGAACUUACCGGUGAAGGAGAAAAGCGACUGGUUAAAGUUAUGGCUUGUGAAAGGAUCGUGGGAAAAAUCUACGAACAGAUCUUCCUUCCAAUGUAUGUGGAAGGGAGCUUUGUUGAGGUAAUCCAUGACAAAAAGCAAUACCACAUUUCGGAGAUCUGUAAACAAUUCAGUUUACCCUUCAACGUCAAGGUGUCUGUAAGGGAUCUGUCAAUCAACGAUACUUUAGCAAUUCUGCCCGCAUUGCGCAUCGAAGAAGAAAUCACUGACCCUAGGCUGCUGGUCAGUUUGCUGAAUGAUCCAUCAGAAUGUUAUGAGCUUCCAGUUCAGCGAGUAAACAUGUCGAUCCAACUGCUUCAACGACCAGCUACAGAAGUGCCACAUCCUGCACCUAAGACCAUUGUGGAGGAGAUCAGUGAGGACUUGUAUUAUAUGCUACGUAGAUAUGAAAAUGCUACUUUGCAUCCUCCUCCCCGUCCUCCAAAGAAACCUCAGUCACCAGUAACACCUGCAACAUCACUGAAGCUUCUUCUCCCUGAACCUAAGAAGCCAGAGCCACCCAAAUCUCCAAAGAAUUCACCUUCAGAGCUGCUAAGAAACAAGCUAAAAUCUCAAAGAAAUGUUCUAGUUGCCACUGGAAGACCAGAAGAUAAUGUUGUUUAUGUCACAAACACACUGCAAGAAACAUCUGGUAGUGAAGCACCAGCAGCUGAAAUGAAUUCAUUGGAAGGCCUUGUUGUAGAUGUUGAAAACUUGAAUUUUGAUGACAAACAUGACUAUGAAUAUAUUGAUGAAGAUAAAAUGAAAGGUUUAAGGAAACAGAUACACGACAAUGAACAUCUGAACAAGAAAAACUGGAAGAAAAAAAAAGCUGUUAAUACCGAAACGUAGAACCAGUGGAAGUGCCUGGAGAAAACCUUCUUAAUUCAGCAAACUAAAAACAGAUAAUGAAGGUGGUUGAUGGGUAUUCUAUUCUGAAGAUUGAUAAAGGUCAAAUUCAGGAAGCCUUUCUCGCUGUGUUGUUAUUUCAUUUGAAUGAAUAGAAUAAUUUUGGUUCUGUGCAUAAGAAUUUUUGAUUAUCAUUUUUAAAAAUAUUUUUACAAUCCAUUUUUACACAUGUUCUUAGAUGUUGUACGAAAUUGAAACAGAAAUUGUGGAUUUUACUGGAUAGCGAAUGCUCUUAAAAUGAGGGAUUAAUUUAUUGGCUCCUGUUUUGCAAUGCUGAUGUAUUUAUUUCUGAAUGCACAUAUAUACGCAUAACGUGUGGAUUUGU